AUGUCCUCGAUCCUCUUGGCACCGCUAAACGAAUUGCAAGCAUUAUCGCAUACGCUGUUUCUUUCAUUAUCGCCGCCUCAAACAAGGCCACCGCCCGCUCCGCCACUUUCUGCAUUCCUGGAGUGCGACAAGGCUCUCGCUGCAGCUGUCAACCUCGCUCAUGUCCACCAAGUAAGACAAAGGAAAAUCGAAUCCCUGGAGCAGGAAUUGCUGGAGUUGGAAAGAAGAUGGCGGGAUAUUUGUAUGGAACUCGCAAAUGGGAAGAAAGAGUUGGAGGAAAUCAUUGAAGAGGGAGAUGAACGUAUCAAGGCUAUUCGCGCUGCGAAGGAAGCUGCAAUACCUUAUCCUGAGCUUCUCACAUAUGCCCAGAGCCUCAGCCAAUUCUCCUCUGCCCCUCCUAACAUGCCAGAUCUCAGCCUCCCCGGACAGCCCCCUCCACCAAAGUUUUUCCCUCCAUUCCCCAACGAAGAAAAGAUGCGCCGGGGAAGGCUCAACGCCGAAGAGCCUUUGCCUUUGCUCGGGGAAACGCAUUCUGUUGGGAAAGUCCCCACAGUCUCUCCAGAAGAUGCACUGGACAGACAUACUUCUGCUGCCAAUCCCUACCGCCACGAAUUCAGAGGCGUGGACCAACCCUACUUCGACCUCGACCUCGAUCUCAACCCCGACUUGGACGAUUAACUAUACACCAAGGAAUGCAUUAAACGAAAACCCUGUAUCAGAAUACCCGACUACGAAGCCCCUGCAGCUGGCACCACCGGCAACGAGGGCGUUUGUACCUCCUUGGAAGAUCUCUUCGACGGCAUCGCCAAUGCUUUCCGAAUGCGCUGGACAAACUCCGUCACCACAGGACUCAUUCUCUGUUCUUCUUUCUUCGGGAACCUGUCGGCGUAUUGUAACAACUGCAGUCGAAAACCGAGAUUGGGGCAGACGACGUUUCGAAUGGACUGGACAUGCUCGAUCGCUUCGUGUGAUUGCAUCCCUU